AUGCAGAGAAUUUUAGAACUACCUUACUACAACUUUUUAAAUACUGGCGUAGCAUUUACGAUAGGCGAACGUCAGGCUCUGGGUAUAAUGGGCCUCUUACCGCCCGUGGUGAAGACACAAGAGGAACAGGUGGAAAUGUGCAGAUUAUCUCUGGACAAUUAUGAACACAGUUUGAACAAAUACAUUUAUCUGGUCGAGUUACAGGAUAGAAAUGAAAAGUUGUAUUACCGUCUUUUGUCGGAAAACAUAGAGAAAUAUAUGCCAAUAGUAUACACGCCGACUGUCGGUUUAGCUUGUCAAAGGUUUGGCUUGCUGUUCCGACGGCCGAGAGGUCUUUUUAUCACCAUUCACGAUAAAGGACAUAUAUUGGACAUCUUAAGUAACUGGCCAGAAAAAGAUGUUCGAGCGAUAGUGAUGACGGACGGCGAAAGAAUCUUAGGUCUGGGAGACCUCGGAGCGUACGGUAUGGGUAUACCGGUGGGCAAGUUGGCUCUUUACACCGCGCUGGCAGGCGUUAAACCACAUCAAUGUCUACCUAUCACUUUAGAUGUGGGCACUGAUAACCCGAAAAUUCUCGAAGAUCCUUUAUAUAUAGGUAUAAGACAAAAGCGGGUACGGGGUAAAGAAUACGAUGAUUUUAUUGACGAAUUUAUGGCUGCAUGUGUUAAAAUAUAUGGUCAAAGCACGCUCAUACAGUUCGAAGACUUCGCUAUGGUAAAUGCAACACGCCUUUUGGCAAAAUAUCGCGAUCACUAUUGCACUUUUAACGAUGACAUACAAGGCACGGCGUCAGUUGCCGUUGCCGGUCUUCUAGCGGCAAUUAGAGUUACAAAGAAGAAAAUAAGUGAAAGCACUAUUAUGUUUCUUGGUGCCGGUUCCGCUUCUACGGGAAUCGCUAGUUUGUUGGUGUUAGCUAUGUCUGUAGAAGGGACACCGGUAGAGAAAGCUCGUGAGAGAAUUUAUAUGCUCGAUAUAAACGGUCUUCUAACGACGCGUCGUGAAAGUGGAGUACCUGAACAUGCUAAAGAAUUCGGAAGAGAUUUGGAACCAGAAAAGAAUUUUGAAGCAUGCGUUGUGAAGUACAAACCUACAUGCCUUAUUGGUUGUUCUACUGUUGGUGGUGCUUUUACUCCAGCAAUUCUGAAACAAAUGGCGAAGAAUGCUGAAAUACCGAUCAUAUUUGCACUAUCUAAUCCAACGUCUAAUGCCGAGUGUACUGCUCAACAGGCCUACGACAAUACAAACGGUAAAUGUUUGUUCGUGUCUGGUUCGCCAUUCCCACCAGUUGAUUAUCAAGGCAAGAAGUAUCACACGGGCCAAGGAAACAACGCUUACAUAUUCCCAGGAUUAGCGCUUGGUGUAAUUCUUAUAAAAGCUUAUAAGAUAACUGAUGAUAUGUUUUUAACUGCAGCUCAGACGGUAGCAAAUUUUGUGACUGAAGAAGACUUGUCAAUCGGACGUCUCUAUCCGCCUUUACAACAAAUACAAGAAGUAUCGGUGUCUAUUGCUAUUGAAGUCGCAAAAAUGUGUUACAAGACAAAAUUGGCGUCUCUCUACCCUAUGCCGAAAGACUUCAAAAGCUUCAUUAGUUCGCAACUUUUUAAUGUCAACUACGAGUGUAACUUUCCAAAAUCUUUCGAUUAUCCACCUCCGCCUUCUGUAAAAGUGCGAACAAUAAAAGAAGCCUAUCAAGCACAACGAAAAUUGUCCUCAGAAAAAUAACAUUAAGAAGAAUUUAGAACUAAAUGGAUUUAGAGAGAAAUUACCAGAAUUAGAAAUUCUCAUUUGGAGGACUACGUUCAGA